GUCUCCAUCGAGGACCCCUUCGACCAGGACGAUUGGGCCACCUGGACCAAAUUCCUGACCGAGGUGCAAAUCCAAAUCGUGGGCGACGACCUGACGGUCACCAACCCCAAACGCAUCCAGCAGGCGGUGGAGAAGAAGGCCUGCAACUGCCUCCUCUUGAAGGUCAACCAGAUCGGCUCCGUCACCGAGUCCAUCCAGGCUUGUAAGCUGGCCCAGAGCAACGGUUGGGGCGUGAUGGUCAGUCACCGCUCCGGCGAGACCGAGGACACCUUCAUUGCCGACCUGGUGGUGGGACUCUGCACCGGGCAGAUCAAAACCGGAGCUCCCUGCCGCUCCGAGCGCCUGGCCAAGUACAACCAGCUGAUGAGGAUCGAGGAAGAGCUGGGCGAGCAAGCGCACUUUGCCGGCCGCAAAUUCCGUCACCCGCUGGCUAAGUGAGGAAACCGCCCGAGCGAGGAAGAGGAAGAUGGCGGCGGUUUCGUCGGGACCGCCGGCGGAAGU